GGGCAACGGGAGAAGAAGAAGAAAAAGAAGAAGGGAGCGGAUGUUCCCGGAGAGAAGGAUGACCAGGAUCAUGUACCCCGCUGCUCCUCGCUCCUCACAUAUAUCUGCAACAUGAUGAACGCCGCUCCUGGAGCGCUCGCCCGCAGGAUGCCGUCCGCGGCCCGGCGGAGCGGCUGCUGGAUAGCGUGGUGCCAGGCAAUCCUGCUCGGCGUGUCGGCGCUCGUUAUCGUGGCCGAGCGGAGCGCACUGAUCUACUGUAUAGGAUUCUACCUUUGGAACGAGGAGACGCAGUGGGCGGGCCUCACGCUUGGCCUCUUCCUUCCUGGGACAGCAGUCCAGCUGCUAAGUGUGAAGUGGUACUAUGAUGACGGGGAUGAAAGGCGGUGCUACCUCUCCAUCAUACACGUGCUACACUUGGGCAUCUUCAAAAGGUUGUGGGACUGCAUGAGAUCCGUGCUGCAUAUGCAGGGCUCGGUGGCUGAGCUGGGUGCUGCUGUCAUGCAGCAGGCAGACGUUGCUGCCCUGUGGCUGCUGGAGGCGCUUGUCCUAACGCUGCCUCAGAGCUUGCUGCAGGCAUAUGUGGUCGUAUCUACAGACGUGGGGAUAAUGUCACCAGUGGCAUAUUGCUGUGGACUAUGUGUGCUGUCCAUUUCCUGGGCCCUGGUGCUGUACAGCCGAGCCUGCUGCCUGAUACGGCCAGGCCACUUGGCAAUGCCACCAGCAGCCCUGCUGUGCCAGCUGGUCUGGAGAGCAGGCAUGUUGGGAGCACGAGUGACCUGCCUCAUGUUCUUCGCCAGGGUCUUCAACUGGUGGGUCUGCGGAGUAGCAGGUUUUCACUGGCUCACAGCCUCCUUCUGGCUAAUAUCACAGCAGCCCGACAUUUGCACUGGUCACUGGUGUUGGCGUGCCUUUAACGCCGUUCUGGGGCUCAUCCACGUCUUCCUCUUCCUCAACGUCAAAGACGGACCCUCACGCUUUCGCAUGGCCAGCUUCUAUGCAUUCAUGCUCGUUGAGAAUGUGACGCUGCUGCUGGCUGCGUCCGACUUCCUGAGCGAAGCAUCAUGGGAUAGUAUGACCCUUCCCACCUCUGUGCUGUGCAGCUUUUUCCUUGGAGCCACCUCGCUGGUCCUGUACUACCGGUUCCUCCAUCCCAAGUCCACAGAAAUUUCCCAAGGUACAAACCAGCAUCAGAUGGGCAGCACAUGCAUAGAGCAAGGAGAGUCCUCCUUCUCUCUUGGCGACAAAAGUCUGCCAGCGUCUUCUGUCCAGAAUCACUGCAGCUUCUCCCUGUCUGGCGUGGCUGGCUCUCUGCUGGAGCACCGGGGAAACUGUCAAGGCCACUCUAACAGCUCCUGCCCUUGCUUCCACCACCACUGGCUCCUCAUCCGUCUGGCCCUGAAAACUGGCGAUCUCUGUAAAAUCAACAGGGCAUAUGGAGCCGGUGGGCCGGCGGGCAUACUGGACAUAGAGGAAUACAACCAAGAGUUUAAAAGUAAUGAGGGCAUCACCUUUACGGCUGGUGGCAGCUGUGAAGGAAUGUCCACCUCUGAGUCCCAGGGAAAGGGCCUGGCUCCACUCUCAGACUGCAAAGACGAGUUCCAGAGCGUGAGCGAGCCCACGUCAACCGAGCGACCCGAGGGAGAGGACGACAGUCUGGAGAUGGAAAGCCCCAUGGAGUCACCCACGUCGGAUUUCAAACGCAGCUCCCCGGAGGGCAAGUCCGUUUUCGGAGACAGCCCGGAGCCUUAUUACUGCCCAACUGAAUCAAGUUCUACCUUGUACUUCAGUGCUGAUCCCCAGUCCCCCAGCAGCGCCAGCAACCCCCGUUUGGACCGGGACAUCGGGGGUCUGGAACAGGGGGUCCGGCUCAGCUCCAUCCCCAGUGAUCCUGCCCUGCACAGAGACGUGCGUGGACUCAUGAGCCGCGUCGGGCCACGCUGCACCUCCACUCCUAAGUUGGACUGCGGGGUGUUGGAUUCUGUCCCCAGCAUCCCACAUCUCACAGGUCCAAGGAGACAGCUCAUACUGUCCCGCAGAGAUGAAGAUAAUACCUUCUAGCUGUCUUGUGGCACAAUCAGGGAACAAGAGCAGCAGCUUAUCCAACAUUACCGGAACACACCAGCAUUAUCUGAGUCAUAGGGAUUAGAGCACUACAUGCAGUAGGGAACCUAAAAUAAUCCUAAAAUAACAUCUAUUUUUUCUCUUAACAUUAACCAUUCUUGAAAAUGCUUCUAAAUGUUGGAAACACAGAAACAGAUAGUUUCUGUGUUUUUUUUAAAAGGAAACUCUGACAUUCAAGUGACACUAAUGGUGUAUGAUCAUGCCACCAGUCCCAGUUUCAGUUCAUAUUUUUGCUAUUGUUUGGCAGCUACACUUUGGAAUUAUACUGUGCAAAAAAAAAAAAAAAAAAAAAUUGCUUCCACAUGACUGUAAUUACUUAAUAUGAAAGCAAAAGUAUGCAUACCCCUUGAAAUUGUUUACAUUUUGGAAGUUUCCGACCAGAAACUCUUUUUAUUGGGAUUCUAUGUGCAUGUGCAGAUUUGUGAAGUUGUGAAGUAACUGGUAUUAAUUUACUAGUUUUUACCCAGUGAUAGUCUCAACUGUUUAUGCUCAAGACAAACAUCUCCACAGUAUGAUGCUGGCACCACCGUGUUUCACAGUGAGCACAAUGUUUUCAGGCUGAAUGCAGGAGUAAUCUGCUGCAGGAUUCAGGGGGAAAAAAAUGAUUUUGUUGUCAUUUGAAUUUCUUCCACAUAUUUACAAUGUCACACACAUAAUAUGAGGUAAACUCCAAACAAAACAAACAGUUGUCUCUUCAAGAGUAGUUUGUACUAUUCUUAACAAUUUUUCAUUAAUAGUUUUGAGAACUUGUCCUCAACAUGGUCUCGGGUGUUUUGAUCAGUAGUAUUCCCUAACAAAUCCCUUCACAAAACAGCUGCACCUAUACUCACAUAAAAUUUCAUGCAGAUUGACUGUAUUUACAGAUUAAUUCUGGAUUCAAUUAGUUUCAUUAGAUAUAGUCGUAUCAGUGGUAGAUUAAAGGGGUAUGAUUACAAAUGCACAGCAAACAUUUUUCAUUUUCAUUUGAAAAAAAAAAUGUUGAUCUGUCACAUAAAAUUCCAAUGAACUGCAUUGAAAUUUGUGGUUGCUUGAUGACACAAUGUGAAAAAAAUUCAAGGGAUAUGAGUAUUUAUUCAAAGCACUGUACAUGUUAGUUUGGUUUAAAACAUUUUAUCAUAGGCACUGACUCUGCUCUGAAACAACAGUAAAUUUCAGUAAGUCAUAACAAAACAUUCAUAUCACUGCAGCUAUUUGAUGACAGAGUGCAUAGUUCUAGCAGUGAGUGGAGCAUCUGACCUCUGAACCUAUCUCAAUGUAAGCCAUAGCUUUUAUGGCUUCUUAAAAGCACAACUGUUUUCAGUAUCAUCUGUUUCUGCUGCAAUGUUGUUGUUUUUUUUCUUUCUUUAACAUAAAAAAUAAGACUUCACUACAUACAUGUGAUAUUAAUACGCCCUGUUUCUCAUGUGGUGUUAAUUGGCAUUGCGUUGAGCAGAAAACUGUGAUGUUUUUAUCUUUUUUUUUUCUGUUACAUGUUGACCAUGUAAUUGUUAAAUAACUUAUUGAACUAACAUUAUGUUGUAAAACAACAAUAAUGUCUCAGGCAUAAAUUCAUCUACUGUGAGACAAAAUGAAUCAUGUGCUUAUGAGACAUUUGUGGUGACUUUUUUUUUAUUUAUUUGCUCUUGAUUGCUCUUUUCAGGUGACAAACUUUUAUUAGAAGCACUGUUCUGAGACAGGAAAGCAGUGUAACAAUGCUUGUGUGGCAUUUUGAAAUAUGACGUCUGAGGCCGCUGGUGGCUUGAAAUAAGCAAUAAACAGCCUACAUGUUUGA